AUGGGCGCAAACUUUUCGGAAUUGAAAAGUGCAAGCCGCCAAGAGACAGCUGCUCCUGAAAACCAGCCAAGAGCAUGUCCUCCUGAAAAUGAAGAGCUUGUGAAUCUUUGUAACCACCUUCCAGUGGCUGAGCCCAUCAGUGCAGAGGACAUCAGUGAAUGGAUCAAUGGAGAUGAGGAUCAGGCCCUAACUGAUGACGUGAUUAUCCAGAUGCUCAACCAACCAGAAGAUGAUGACAACGAUGAACCUGAUGGGGCGACUGAGAAAAUAUCACAUACAGAAGGUCUAAGAACGAUCGAGGGAGCACUGGCCAUACAUUGA